UGCCACAGUUUAUACACGCGCAGUAUAGAUUCAGGACCAGCACAAACCUCUAGCCAACCCUUUACCUCUCUCUCUCUCUAAACUCUCUCUCUAAAAUAUUCACAUAUCUUUGCAGUUGCAACCAUUACAGCAAGUUUUUUUGUUUUUCAUGUCAGAUUUGGUGAGGAAAUUAACAUGAAAACAGAGGUGAACAUGGAAGUUGAAAGUUGGAAUGAAGAAGAUAAAGCCAUUGUUGCAUCAGUUCUGGGGUCAAAAGCAUCUGAUUACUUGAUCUCAACCUCAGUUUCUAACCAAAGUUUAUCAACUUCAGUAACUAACGACGAGAAUCUACAACAAAAACUUUCCGAUCUUGUAGACAACCCAAUAUACGGCAAUUUCAGUUGGAACUUCGCUAUCUUUUGGCAGAUUUCAAAGUCCAAAACAGGGGAUUUGGUUCUUGGUUGGGGAGAUGGAUCUUGUAGAGAACCGAAAGAAGACGAAGAAUUCGAAAUCGCUCGAAUUCUAAGCUUGCGAUUGAAUGAUCAACACCAACAAAGGAUUAGGAAAAGAGUUCUUCAGAAAAUCCACAUUUUGUUUGGUGGAUUGGAUGAGGAUAAUUAUGCUUUUGGAUUGGAUAGAGUGACCGAUACCGAAAUGUUCUUUUUGAUAUCUAUGUAUUUCUCCUUUAGGAAAGGGGAAGGCGGUCCGGGCGGGUGUUACUCGUCCGGACGCCAUUUUUGGAUGUCCGAAAACUUGAAUUCGACGACCGAUUAUUGUUUCCGGUCUCAGUUGGCUAAAUCCGCAGGGAUUCAGACCGUUGUUAUGGUCCCGGUUGAUGGUGGUGUGGUUGAGGUUGGAUCUAUUCAAUCUAUACCGGAAAACACGAAACUAUUGCAGUCGAUUAGAAUGAUAUUUGCCGGAAGUAAGCAAAUUAGUUCGAUUAGUUCUUCGGUUCUUCCAUCAGUUCCUAUUCAUUUAACGACGAACAAUGGGAAUUCGGAGAAACCAGUGGUUUCGAUGAUCUUCGGGCAAGAUUUGAGUUCGAAUAUAAACCAACCACAGUUUCGCGAAAAGCUGGCCGUUAGAAAGCCUGAGGAAGCUCGGCUUCAGUUUUCGAAUUGGUCUCAGUUCAAUAACCAUCAUAAGCAGAUAGAUUUCACUGGGAUUACAUCUCGUCCGGGGAGCACGGAGUCCAAGGUUUCGGAUGAGUCCCAAGGGCGAGACGAAAGGGAAACGUUAUCCAUCAGCAUCGACGAAAAACGACCGAGAAAACGAGGGAGAAAGCCCGCAAACGGAAGAGAAGAGCCACUGAAUCAUGUGGAAGCCGAGAGACAACGAAGAGAGAAACUUAACCAAAGAUUCUACGCGCUACGCGCGGUAGUACCCAACAUUUCGAAGAUGGAUAAAGCAUCAUUGUUAGGUGAUGCGAUCACAUACAUAACCGAUCUUCAAAAGAAGCUUAAGGAGAUGGAAUCAGAAAGACAAUCGCCAAGUAACUUCGCGAAGUUAGACAAAAUCGAAGUGCAAACGGGACACGAUGAAGUAGUCGUGAGGGUUACUUCGCGGUUAGAUGCACAUCCCGUGUCUAAAGUGAUUCAAACGUUUGAGGAGUCGAAGAUUAAAGUUAUGGAAUCGAAGAUGAGUGCUGUAAACGACAUGGUGUUCCAUACGUUCGUUGUUAAGUCACAAGGACCCGAACAAUUGACAAAGGAGAAGUUGAUCUCUGCGUUUUCGCGAGAAACGAACUCCUCGUGACAUCCAUAGACAUGAAGAUUAAAAGUGAAAAAACAGCUUAGAAAGGUUCAUGCAGAGGUUAUUUUGUUCUUUUUAAGAUUUCAUAUACGGUUUUAUUCAAGGGUUAAAUGUAGAAAUAAUAACUAUGUUAAGAUUUUAGAUAUGUAUGUUCCUUUGUUAUGAUAUAUGUUCAUGAACCUUAGUCUUGUUUGGAGAAAAUCAUGAAAGUAGUUAGUAUCUAAUGUAUUAUAUUUUAUAUAUCUAUAACAAAUUAUGUUCAGUUA